CCUGCGAGACAGUUGAUGGUGUGUGUAUUUUAGGCGUGACUCCAAAGGUAAUUCGUCCUGCUGCCCCCCCCAGCCAGGGCUUAAAUCGAGAAUUAUAAAGCAAAAUGUCUAUGAAUUUAAACGACCGAGUUAGGAGACUGAGGGGUACCGACAAGGAAGAAGGAAAGGGAGGAAAGUAGAGACAUACUGUGUAUGUGGAAUGAGCAAUAAAAUAUGUGGGGGCUGGGCUUUUACAUAGAUUAAACCCAUUCAGGGAGCUAAGGAAAAUAGGACUUGGCAAGCAGUGUAAGCUAAAUUGCUGUGAAAGCAAAUAGCUUUGGGGACAAGCUAGGUGGGAGUGUGUUUCAGGUCAACGGAAAUGUAGCAAAGGCCUAGCUUGACCUUUUCAGCCUUCAUUCUUUUAUACCAUCCUGUACAUGAGCUAGAAAAAUGCACUGUUUCCUGCCCCUCCUCUUUCCCUGUCUGUGUGUACCCCACACACUUUCUCUACCCACUCUCCUUGUCUUUUGGACACUCACGAAGCCUGACUGAGUCAGCGCUGCUGGUACACUCUGUCCUUUCCAUCUCCUCUGCAUCUGGUCCAUCUCUUCUGUCUAUGGUCCAUCCUAGCAGAUGCUUGCCUGUCCACCAGCUCUCUUUGCUGACACAGUGCGUCCUCCGGUGCCCUCGCCGCCUCCUAUCUCUGCUGAACCAAGGAUAAGCUCAUCGCACGACAAUGGCUCCACUAGAGACAGGAGAUGGAAGAGAGCACCCGGAGUUCAGCAGCGGGAGGCUGUGUUGUCGGAGGCGCGCCAGAUGGCUAGAGAGAAACCAGGUAUGGUGAAGUUCUUACCUGGCUGGAUUUCAAAGAUCCUCCCUGUGUGUGAUUCCCGGCCUGCUAGCCCCAGGCAUGCUAGCUCCCGGCCUCCCAAUUCCCAACCUGGCACCAUACGCCUCGGUGGGUUCCGUCUGCAGUCAGCCCGUGCUUCUGCCCCAGUUCCUGCUCCUGUCCAGGAAUCAUAUUCUGGAACUCGUCUGGCUUAUGGAGGUCCACGGAGUUUUCAGGCGGCUGCUAAGAGGAGGAGUCGCAAGGCCAAGCUAGCAGCUCAAGCCCCAAGAGCCAUGGUUCCAGUCCCAGAACAGGCCCCAGCAGCCAUGGCUCCAUGCUCCAGUACCGGCCCACGCAGCUUUGCUUCCAUACUCCAUUACCUGGCUUACACAGCCAGGAUCCAGGCUUCGGCUCCGGACCUUACAGCCAUGUUGCCGGCUCCAGAACAGGACCUUACAGCCAUGUUUCCGGGUCCAGAACCGGACCUUACAGCCAUGUUUCCGGCUCCAGAACCGGACCUUACAGCCAUGUUUCCGGCUCCAGAACCGGACCUUACAGCCAUGGUCCCGGCUUCAGUGCCGGCUCCAGUAACCAUGGUCCCGACGCCAGCUCCCCGAGUCCUGUCGGCGUACCGGCCGACUCCAGCUCCUCGUCUCCGGUUGGCUGUCCGUCCGACGCCAGCUCCCC